CAAAUAAUAUUAGCCCACGCGGUUUUGAUGUUUUCUUAAUUUUGAGAAACCCUAUUUACCCCAUCAAUUUUCUUCUUCACGACCCUCUAAAGUCUCUCGCCUUCCGUCGAUCUCCUUCUGUCCUUCAUCCUGUUUUCCUGCAUAGCCGCGAUCACUACGUCAACCAUUAACACCGGAGACCUCCACCACCUUUGAUUCCUUGCUGCAAGAACUCCUUCAGAUCAAUUUGGCCCUAAAACUCCUCCUCCUUCGAUUCUUGAAUUGACGCCUUCAAGAAUAAGACCGCGUGAUCUUUUUACCGUUAAAAAGCAAUGGACUACUUCUGCCAUAGAGACUACUACGCCGCUCAAGCUCUCGUUCUUUGAUCGUCAAUCAAGCACCUGCUUCGGUUUGAGCCUUUGGCGUGAGUGUGCAUUUACAUUGCUAAAGAUGGACAAGUACGAAUUGAAAAAGGAGAUUGGAAGUGGUCAAUUUGGCAUUGUUUACCAAUAUUAUGACCAUGAGGAGCAACGUGAUGUGGCUGUUAAAGUGAUCCAAAUAUUCAAUGAAUUUGAUGGGUUCCCUUCUCGCAUAUUGAGAGAGAUCUCGAUCCUUCGAGAACUAAACCACAACGGCAUUGUCAAGUUGUUGGAUGUCAUUAUUGACGGAUGUACUUUGUAUCUUGUGUUUGAGUUUUUGGACUGUGACCUUGCUGAUUUCAUCAUGGAGGAGAAACCUGAUCUGAAUCUGAUAAAGAGGAUAAUGUACGAGAUCUUGAGCGGUCUCUGCUAUUUGCAUUCUAAUAAGGUUAUUCAUCGAGAUUUCUGCCCAAGCAAUAUUCUCGUAGAUAAGAAGACCUUGAAAGUGAAGAUUGCAGAUUUCGGAUUAGCUCGAUAUAUUGAUGAGCCAGCUGAGGCCUAUACACAUACGGAGUGCACAUAUGAGUAUACUGCACCUGAGCAACUUCUUCGUGCACCUACAUAUUCAACUCCUGUUGAUAUUUGGGCUGCUGGAUGUAUUUUUGCGGAGAUGGUGCGAGAAGGACAACAAUUGUUUUGGAAUAAUAGAGAACUGUGCUCAAUUGCUCACAUUGAAAGAAUUUUGGGUGUCCCAGAUGAAACUACUUGGCCGCAUUUGUCUUGUUUUGCACCCACUCUCCAUUCAGUGGCAUCCAGUACUCCUCAGGGUUUGAAAAGUCAGGUGGAAAGGCUUGAUUCAGUUGGACUAGAUCUUUUGUCUAAGAUGCUUCUUUGGGACCCGAACCAAAGAAUCACCGCAUAUGAGGCACUGCAGCACCGCUAUUUCUGUGACUUGUUGUAGGUGAAUGAUUGGGUAUAUUGCACUCGUUGUGGAUUUAUUGAAGAACUAUUCUGGCAGGCAUACUAUUCGUUUCUCUGUUGCUGUCCAUUUGUGAAGGAUGGUGUGAUAAAGAAGUAAAACUUGUGGGAGUUUCAUCAAAUGUACAUAUGGAGCUGGAUUUUGCUUCUGCAAUAGUUCCCUAAUCUUGAGAUUUCAAAUUCCAUGUUUUAGGUGUAUAGACUAUAGAGAUCUGACCAGACACUGUUUUAGGUGUAUAGAAAGUUCAUUGACCACUAUCAUGUGCAUAAAUUUGGAAACAGAUAAUAGUUACGAAAAAUAAGGCUUACUUUGGUGCUCCAUUUUAUAUUCCACCCAUUAUUUUGUGA